CUCAUCAGCGCCUAAGGUGCAUGCCCUCUACCACCGCGUAAGUCACAUUGCCCCCGACCUUUCCCAUGUAGUUGCGGAUAUCACUCGGCCGGGUGAAGCACGCAGGAGGCCCCUCGUACCCAUCCCCCCCAUCCACUCCGUCGAUGUCCCCGGCAAUGUUGUCCCGAAAUUCUUUGAUGCCGCCGGCCGCCUCGGCGUCAUAGCAGCAGCCCAUCAUGAUGCAGUUGCUCUCGGUGGUAGUGGAGUCGCCACAGGCCUGCCGGGGGAAAAAGCGACCGGCUUGGUCACACGUGUAGGGGUCUUCUCCUUCGGGCGGCCCGAGCUCCGUUGGCUUGUAGCAUUUGGGGUUGGCGUCGGUCUCUGCGGCCCAGCAGCCAUACAGCAACUCGCAACUGCACACACACACACACACACACACAUGCACCACCAUUGGCGACACAGAUUGUGAGCUGGCACGUGUCCAUCCACACCAUACCCCCGCUCGGUGAGUUGGUCAACCACAGUGGUGUCGCGGACGAUGGGUGUCCGUUGCGAGGCUUCAAUUUCGCAGGAGACGGUGUCCCUCCAGUUGGCCGGGCGGUUCGGGAAGAUGCCCUCGAACUGCACAACGGGGUUGGCGUACACAUAGUCACCGCGGCCGCUGCCCAUUCGAUCCACCGUGAUCUCCUUCACCUCGCCCUGACAAGGAGCGCUGUGACGUGGUAUGUGUCGUGUCGCUGUGCUGACUGACCUUCAUUGAUGUGACCCUGAACCUGUAUGGCGCUUUGAAGAGCCGUUCGGGCCAUGGCACGCCCGUCUCGUCGGCGGAGAGGGUCCACAUGUGUCGCGUCUGCCACCGCAUUGGCACCCACUUCUGCCCACCCUCAGAGAAGUACAGGACCUUCAUCCACACAGCACAGAGGGAGUAAAUGGCCAUCCAUGAUGAUGAAUGUGGGCAAGGAAGGCAUCGAGGGGCUGCAUAAUGCUUACGUGCCGGAAUGGGAUGGGACCAUUCACGAUCUGAAUACCCAUAUAGUUCUCGCUGCACCGACACACACAGACAGUUAUUAUUGGUUUGGCGUCCAUCCAUCCAUCCAUCCACUCCAUCCAGGACUCAGCCCACAAGCAUUGAACUAGCCUGCUGCCCGAUUCGAAGACGACCGCCACGCCCUGGUCGCCUGGGUCACAGUCUGUGGCCAUCCAAGUGGCCUGCCACUUGCCGUCCCGGCCACCGUCAGACAUGUCCAGAUCGCCCGGCGAACCUCCCGCAUUCGCAUUGUUGACGUACAGCUGCACACCCACCACCACCACCACCACCACCACCACCAAAGCACCGACAAGACGUGUAGGCGGCCAUUAGACAUAGAUUCAUACUCAGUCAUUCCGCACCCUGAAUCGUUCGCCCGGUGGCACUUUGUCGCCCUCUCUCCCUCCCCCGCUGCCGUCAGAAAUGAUGUCGAUGCACAUCCCACCUGUGUUUGUGAAUGGACCCACACACACACACAGCCAAAAGGGGUGUGUGUGGCUGGUUGGCUGGUGGCUGGUGGCUGCGACUUACAGACUCUCGACUCGUGGAAGUCGCCCCCCGGGAUGCUCAGGGCCACCGUCCGAUAGAUGCCGUUGACGCCGGCAGGCUGAAGCCAGAAAGACAGAAACCCGCAGUCAGACAGUCAGACAGGCUGAAGACAGACUCAUCGAUGAGUUCAUACGGGCGGAGGCCACAGCUGACAGAAGCCCGGGUCACCCUCACUCAGAUCCCUGCGCAAUCCGACACAAUCAGACAGACAGACGAGCAGCAGUGACUUGUCACUGUGCAAAUGUGCCCAGUGUACUGCAGUGGUCUCUUCCCACCAGUAGAAGGUUGUCAGGCCUUCGACAGGUCUGUCAAGCAGGAAGAAAAAACAUAAGUACUGACACGGGGGACCCUGGAUAAACAUUCUGACCUUCCGUAAUUUCGCAGCACUUUCUGGCUGCUGGUUUGCGCCAUGGCUGAGCGAAGGGCGGCGCAGCAGCACAGGAUGAGAAGGGGAAAAGCAGCAGCUCUCCGCCUUGCAGCCAUGACGGCCACUGCCCAUGGAACAACGGGGGAGGGAGAC